UUCAUAUACCACCCUUCACGCGUUUCCUCUCUUUUUUCACUUGGCAAGCGAAAUCUGAAGCAACAGUAGCAGCAGUUGCAAGCUCAAUCCCUUGCUUCAAUGGCGCACUGUUAGAUUCGCUUCGAUUCCGAUUCUCGACUAAUUUCUCGAUCGCUCGAUCAUCGACUGAUUGAGUGCGUGUUCUAUUGGAUUUGAGCUGAAUUUCGGAUUGGAGGAUCUUGAAAAGCCAUAGAGGUGGAAAUUUUCUAGCAUCCGAGUCUAUUUUUCCUGAAAAUAUGUGGAGAUUUAAGCCAUUCAUGCAUAAAGAGCCAACUGGUCUAGAAGGCCGUUCGAUAGAUAUUGGAAAUCUUAAAAUAAAUGUCCAAAAGGCCAUUGCUGAAGGAGGGUUCUCCUGUGUAUACUUAGCUCGUGAUGCUGUACAUAUGUCUAAACAAUAUGCUUUGAAGCACAUAAUAUGCAAUGAUGAAGAAUCACUUGGAUUGGUAAAGAAGGAGAUAUCUGUGAUUAAGUCACUGGUAGGACAUCCUAAUGUCGUCACACUUCUUGCACAUACAAUCUUUGAUAUGGGCAGGACAAAAGAGGCAUUCCUUGUAAUGGAAUUUUGUGAGAAGUCUCUUGUUAAUGUGUUGGAGAGCCGAGGAGCUGGUUAUUUUGAUGAGAAGCAGGUUUUUGUAAUCUUUAGAGAUGUAUGUAAUGCAGUUUUUGCUAUGCACUGCCAGUCCCCGCCUAUUGCUCACCGAGACUUGAAAGCAGAGAAUCUUUUAUUAGGUUCAGAUGGUUUAUGGAAGUUGUGUGAUUUUGGAAGCACUUCCACCAAUCACAAACGAUUUGAGAAGCCAGAAGAAAUGGGGAUUGAGGAAGACAAUAUCAGGAAGUACACAACCCCUGCCUACAGGGCCCCUGAGAUGUGGGAUCUGUUCCUGAAAGAAGUAAUUAAUGAGAAGGUGGACAUAUGGGCACUUGGAUGUCUCCUUUUUCGUAUAUGCUACUUCAAAAGUGCAUUUGAUGGGGAAUCAAAGCUCCAAGUUUUAAAUGGAAACUACCGCAUUCCUGAUGUACCUAAAUACAGUUCAUAUGUCACGGACUUGAUCAGAGACAUGCUUCAAGCUAAACCAGAUGACAGACCAGAUAUCACGCAGGUCUGGUUUCGUGUUAAUGAGCAGCUACCAACUAAUUUACAAAAGUCAUUACCUGACAGGCCACCUGAAUUGCCUUCUUCCAACAAUCACGAAGGUGCAUCCAUAUCCACAAACAAAUCAUCUCCCAUGCCUCGAAGGAAUCCACCUCCUCCACCUUCAGUUGUAGAACCCAAAACUACACCUCAGGCAUCUCUUGCUUCUAAGGGAGGGGGAAGUAGUGGGCCGCUUGGUGCUUUCUGGUCCACUCAGCAUGCAAAUGAUUCACUUGUUCCUGAGGAAAAGAGUAAACCUAUAUAUGAUGAACCAUCUAGCCAGCAUAUGUCAUCAAAACAUGAUAGAGUUCAUCUGGAAAAUGAUCAAGUACCUAAAAAAAUUAAUACUAACAAAGGGGGUACCACACAAACUCAUACUGUAAAAAGCAGUGUACAUGGAAAACCUCACAAGCCAGAUACCAAAUCUUCCAAGGACUUCGAAAUAAAUUUUUUUCAGGACAAAGAUAAUGCAAAUCAGAGGCGAGUGUCAAAUAUGGAGAAUAAUACUAACUUUCAAGACCAGGCUUUUAAUACUUUUGUUGCUGAAUUUGAUACCACUAAGCUCAACUCUGGGCUUGGUAACAAAUCUGAAAGGGAAGAAGCAUUAGAGGCUGAGGUGGAGAAACUCAGAGAGCAGCUGAAGGAAGCUAACUUGGAGAAAGCUGAAAUAACUUCAAAGUAUGAAAAGCUUUCUGCUAUUUGCAGAUCCCAAAGGCAAGAAUUGCAGGAUCUCAAGCAAGCACUUGCAACAAGGACUCCAUCACAGAGUAGAGAGGGUUUAAAAACUUCUCCUGGAAUUACCUCAUCUCCAUCUGAGCUGCAGAGGCAGAAGAUUGGUGGGACUGCAGAAAGUGAAUUGAAAACUCCUAGUUCAGAACCAAAGUCAUGGCAAGCUUUUCCGGAGGAACCUGGACCAGUAAAGUCCCUUUCAGCUGACAAUGCUACAAAAUCUGUCAGGACAAAAAAUGGUCCCCAGAACAAGCAACCUACUCAACUAGCUUCUGACUUUGAUUCAUGGGGUUUUGGCGCAGAUAAGUUCAGUGCUGUACGUGCUGGAAGCCCUCAGAUGCCAAGACCUGGUGAAGGGAGUAAAGCUCAGCUUUUUGGUAAUCCAAAGGCCUCUGAGAGCAAGUCAGCUUCUCAACCAGCCGGAUGGGCAGGCUUUUAGCUAUGGGAAAAGCUGUAAGGGAUCUUGCAUCUGAGACAUUUAUUGUAUCCCACAUGGAGAAGUAAAAUGAGUGAAAACUUAAUAUGUUCUAGUAUGUUAGAUUCAUGUGGUUGAAUUUGUUUCCUGUUCAUGCUAUGAAAUAGUAAAUGUUUUUCUGGACCAAAUCUAUUUUUGGGUUAUAGCAUUGAUUUUCAUUUUGUA